CAUCUUCCAAGUGCUCGCGAUGCAAUCCCCCAUCUCAAAAAUAUGGACUCAUUUCAAGGGUUUCCUCUGCUUCUAGCCAUAUUCUACAGUGAAUUUCACCCAACUCAAGGGCCCAAAGUCACCUUUGAAGUUCCCGAAAACUUUGUGACUUCAGCAUCUGCCUCCUCCACCUCCCAUGGAGCGUCUACGGCUAUCAGUCUUCAGUCAGCCCAAACCUCCAACUCCUCCCCAUCACUUCCGCCCGCAACACUAAUGUCUCAGCCCAGCGCACCUGAACCCAUCCUUGACUUUGACUCCAUAUCAGAAUACAUCAUCCCAAAACCAGAGCUUUGUAACCGACUCGUCACCAUAUCUACGCCGUAUUACAAGUUAAUGGGUUAUCCCGUAUCCAUUAAAGACCAAAAGUACGAGCGAAACGCAUUACUCUUUAAUCUAUGCUUUGUGUUUGAGAAAGACGCAAACACGAUCAGUUAUGAACAAGUGGUUCGGAAGAUGGCGAGGGUGUUAAAGUCUUUGGAGGUGGAAAGCGAGUUCCUGUCCAAUGCGAAUACGAAGGGGGCGAUAUUGAACAUUAUGGAACAGCUGCUGGAGGACUUGAACUCAUACUCCGAGUGUCAAAUACCGAUAAACGAUGCCAAUAUGAUCAAUAUUAAGCUAUUCCCAAAGUAUCCAGACCCACCUCCAGUUCACGACUAUCAGGUCCCUGUCCUCAUUGUUGACCUCGAAAAGGUGAUGGACAAGUAUUGGGAUAUGACUAUGCGACGAAUAGUACCGCAUAUAAAUGGCGUACAUUUUGUAAGAAAAAUCGCAGAGAUUGCCGACGUAGACGUGACACUCGUUCGGAUAGCGAUUCAGCAUUUGUUGUAUUACGGCUGCGUCAAGCUUGUUGAUAUUUUCCAGUUUGGCAAUGUAUACGCUAUCCGUCCAUCCAUCAGCUAUCUGCUUCGUUCUCCUGAAUCACAGGCAGAAUGCGUUCAGUUUGUCGCUCAGCCCGAAUCAAGUCCUCCAGCUUUUGCGCUAUUAUUUUCGUUGUACUGUGCUUUGAAACCUGGAUUGUCUAUCCGGGAGUGGACUGAGGAGAACCAUAUGUGGGCUUUAAAUAUCGAUGUUCGGAGAUUUAUAUUGUAUGGUGUUAUCAAGGGUUUCGUGUACAGAGUGCACAAGUAUCCUGUUUGGCUUGCACGACCCGGAGAGCAUCUUGGCGACUCGCCCAAUCGACAGUUGAAGCGUUAUCUUGACGGAAGAAGACAUUAUGAUGAGUUAUGUACCAUCCUGGGAUGCAAUGCGCGCGAGUUGGACGAAAUAUUGAAAACAGAACCGUCUGUGAAAUUUAUAUGGAAGUGAAAUCUUAAUAUGAGUGGGCCCGCUAUCGCUAAAGGACAA